UCCAACAGAAAUUCUCCAUUUCAAGUUUCUCUACUCUCUCUCUCUCUCUCUCUGUCUCUCUCUCCAUGUCUUCAAAUUUGACUUCACAAGGGGUGGUCUUCGCCACCGCCAUGGCGGUCUCCGGCACCGUAAUCCUCCUGGCCCUCCGCCUCCAGAAGUCUUUUCCGGCAACACAAUUCCCUAUCACCACCCACUGCCCACCACCACUCCCUCGCCCCUGCAUCUCUUCAGUUGGAAAGAAGAGAGAGAAGAAAAAGAAGAAGAGGGUGCACUUUGCAGAAGAUGUGGUGGACCCAGUCGGAAACAGUAAAGAGUUUAUAAGGAGGCAACAGCACAACAGUGAUGAUGCUGGUUUCUCUUCAAAUUCAAAUUCAAAUUCAAAUUCACCAACAAAGAACAGAGGAGGAGAGAGAGGGAGAGAAGUCCAAGGAGGAAUGCCAGCGAACAGGGUGGCACUGUACAAUGGAAUUCUGAGGGACCGUUCCGUUCAUCGCCGGUUGGCCUAUUCUUCCUCCUAUUGACUUGACUUUGUUGGGACUUUAAAAAAAAAAAUUUCUGUACAAUCUCCUAUCUACCCUCCCCUUUUGCAAAGUGGAUUAUAAUCUAUUUCUCAAAUUAUAAUUCACUUUUUUUUUCAAAAAAAAUUACUUAUAAAUAGUUUAUAAGUAAUUUUUUACCAAACAACUGAUCAUAAUCAUCUUUUCAAAAUAGCCUACAAAGUCCCCCCUCUUUUUGUGGUGUAGAAAUUGAUGGGUUGGUAAUUAAUUGACAACACUUGGUUAUUGCACGUGGGAUUGUUGUAGCGCUUUAAUAUUUUCAUUUUCAUUUUAUUUUUGUUUAUUUUGGAUUUUAGUUUUCUAGAUGGUAUUUUGGUUUUUAGUUUUUGGAUUCAAUUUGUAGAUAAAUUGGAUUUGGUUGAAAUUUCAGGGGCAUUUUUGUAUAAUUAUCUCUCAAUUCUCUCUUUCGCGGGUAAUUCUAUUUAAACAUCACACAACUUCUUA